AUGACUGUUCGGAACCGUGGGUCUCUUCGGAGGACCCCUGAGGACUCAGGCUGUCGGCAAGAACACAGAGCCUCCACUAGCACCUCCGGUUCCACAAGAAACAGAGAAUCCCCUCAGAUGCAUUGUGAGGCGUUUUAUAAAGCCGCUGAUGGGGGCCAAAUGCAUGAGGCCUUUACAGUCCCCUGCGAAGCGGCACGAGCAGCAUCGGCAUCGCUUCCUCCAGCAAAAGGGCCUGACGGCUACAAACUUCCUGCGCAAGGGACAGCACUAACACAGCCAAAAAACAUAACAACCAUUAAUCCUUCUGGAUCUGGGGAAUUGCUCGCAGGCCCUCUCAGGGAGUGCUGCAAGGGGGACCUCAAACAACGUCUAGGAGAGCAAGCGCAGCAAGAUCAACAACAGCAGCAGGAACAUCCGCAGAAGCAAAUGCAGAGGAAGCAGCAGCAAGAGAUGCUUCUCCCUCACGCCGCCAUGACUUUGGGGGAACAUUCUAUAGAGGACUUCUGGCCCCCAAACCUGGUGCGGCGGCCCUCUGUUGAGAUGUUGCAGCACCUCAGAGUUGCAGCCGAGCGGCAUCAGGAUCCCAUUGCCGCAUUUAUUCCACCUACGUUGAAUCCUGCGACACCAGCUAAAGCAGUUGCAGAGCUUAAAACGGUGCCAGCGGAAGUAGCGAGGGCUGAGGAGGUAGUUGAGACGGCCACUUCGACUAUCACUUCACACAAUAUCAGCACCAAGACGAUCGACGGUGUGGUGGACAGCAAGGCCAACAACAGCGAAAGUUGGAUUGGAAGACCACACAAAUUACCCAUGAACUCGGAUAUCCCUUAUGCCUUAGCGGGAGUCUCCCAACCCCGAGGGGAUUGCUCGUUUGGCCCAUCUGAUGUGGUUUCCACUGGAAAACCAGUUAUGACAGCAUCAUCAUCCACAGCAACAAUAGCUGGGGCAGCCCCACGUGCGGAAGUGUGUACAACAGUGAACAUCAACAUAGCCAAGAAGGCUGGAGCACAGACUAGCCUAGUAGACACUGUCUGCGAAUCUUUGGCCAAACGUAGAGUAAACGGGAGGAGCAACUGCAACGACACUGGUAACAUGCAAAAGCUGCGCUGCGAUAUUCUUCCUUGUGGGGAGCCAUCAUCAGAGCUCAAGAACGCCAGAGGGCCACACAGGCAACUAUGCAAAUCAUCCACACUCGAUGGGCUCGUUCAAUCCAAUCGAGGCCUUUAUGGUAGUAUUUAUCUAGGCGAACAGCGAGCGCAUGAAGACAAGCAGCCGCAGCAUCCGUUGCAACAACAACCGCAAACACAAGCCGGCGUGCUGCAAAAUGAGAAGAAACAUCAGUCUCAGCAGAGGCCACAUGAGCAGACAAAAAUGCCAAGGCCUCGGGAAUUCGUUCGACAGCUCGCGUUGGGUUUACUAACGGGGCACAGGGGUGGCGGGAAAAACCGGCGAGCAUGGCUCAGCCGCUGCUAUAGUAGCAGCAGCAGAAUAAGCCGAACCCAGCAACAAGAACGGCAACGAAUACAACAAAGGCCGCAGGACGACGGAGGCGACUGGGAGGCCUGCUGUCUGCUGCAGCCAGCAGAUGAGAAAAACGACGGACUUCCGGCUCACAACCGCAGCAACAGCAGUACUGUACCGAGGUUUGGGGGCUGUCGGAGGGCAUCCAACAGGCUACAACGGAUGGCCUUCUCCUUUGGCUGCUUUGGAGAGGCAUCACAGCGCAGGACAGGGAGCCAGCGAGACCCUUUCGGAUCAUUAACCCCCGCUCAAUACAGAGCCUGGCGAAAACAGCAGCAAGCCUAUGCAGAUGACGGAUCGCUUUUCCCCCGAGGUCUUGCCAACCUAAAGAAUACUUGCUUCCUCAAUGCUGCUCUUCAGGCCUUAGCGGGCAUUCCUUCAUUUGUAGCGUCUCUCCAAGCUGGCCUUCCCCCCGAGCCUGGGGUUAGGGAAGUGCGGUGGCAUGGGACUUACAGGGCUUUCAUUGCUCACCAUGACGAAAAUAAUGAGGCAACGAGUGGCAUUGCGGGUGCGGCAUGCAGUAGCACCACGGCAACCCCGGACAGCGAAGAUACAAGAGGCCAACGGCUGCAGCAACUUCGGCACGUCGAGCACCAGUCAGAGCAGCAGAUGGAGCUGCUGAAGAAGCAGCAAUUACGGCGUCAGGAGCUUUUGCUGCGGCUGCGCCUGCAGCAAGAGAGGAGGGAGAAACACCAGCCUGAAUGUCUGGGCUCUCUUGACGAGAACCAAAGGAGGCUGCUUCUUAGGGAAUUCUUCACGCUACUCUGCAGAUUGACGUGCGCUGAGGAAACGUCUCGCGAGGAGUUCGCCGCUCAGAGGCCACGGGAGUCUAACUCAGCUGCCACAUGCAGACCAGAGCCGCAGCAGCAAUGGCAGCAGAGGAAACAGCAGCACACGCCUGCUGUGAAAUACGACACUAUUCGGCCCGAAAGGCUCAGGAGGGCCCUUGUAGCGCCCCUUGCGGGACUUCUUUUGAAUGACUGCAACAUGCAGCAACAACAGGACUGUCACGAGUUCUUAAGGGGCCUCAUCGACUUAAUUCACGAAAUACUUAAAACUUGUAGAUGGGAGAGAGAGGAGGCAGCAGCAGCACAGCAGCUGCUGCAAUUACAGGCAACUUCCCCGAUGGCUGAUCUGGAGCCCGUUUUUCUUACCUCAUUUGGCUCUCUCCGCUUUCCGUUGACUCUCGACGAAGAUAAACAAACGCAACACCAAAAGAGUCCUCCUAAGGUGCAGCUAAGUGAGAACAGGGAGAGCAGCGAACCUGGCAAGGCAGUAGGAUGCGACGGCGGGGAUGUAGAACGUGCGGAAAAGAAGUGGAGGGAGUAUAUAAGAGACCAAGCUUCCCCUAUGGCAGAUUUCUUUGCUGGACAGCUGUGCAGCGAGAUCCAGUGUGCGGGAUGCCGCCAAUCCUUGUUCAUAUAUGAGCCUGCGUGGGAUUUGUCUUUACCGCUUCCCGUGGAUGGCAAAACAGUAUCUUUAAGCAAUUUACUGGAAGGCUUCUUUGGCUCCGAGGAGUUGGACUUCAGCUGUAGCAGUUGCCACAGCCCUGCUUGCAAGGCCUACAGGACAAUUCGCUACACACACACCCCUAAAGUGCUGCUGCUGCAAAUAAAGCGGUUUUCUGCCUCCGGGCAAAAACGGCGAACCCGAGUUGAAUACCCUCUUGAGGAACUUGUCAUUAAGACGAAGAGCGAAUCUGCCACAUUUCGCUUGAUUGCCGUGAUCGAGCACAAUGGGAACAGUUGCCAGUCUGGCCACUACGUGGCUUAUGUGCGACGAAGGAGAUUUGUGAUCCCGGUAGCAAUCGCCCCUGCAACUACGGAUACAGCUUCAGGACGAAAUGAGACUCCCAGAAACUCUGCGUGCUCGCCAUCAGAAUUCCUUAGGCGCAUCGGAAUUUUAAAGGGCUUAACGAGCUGUUCGGCCCACUCUCUGCGGCACCCUCAUAAAUCUUCCACCGCACCUCCUUCUGGCCCAUCCCCAAGGCAGCCUCCGCUCAAGUCACCUUUCAGGCCACCUAGACCAGCGAUCUCUUUUGAUGGGAUGGCCGACGAUGGUACAGAGCUCCAGACUGCUGUGUUCUGA